UUAUCGAAUUUCGUCGAGGGCAAGAAUAUUUUCUUCAUCCAUGGAUGUUUCCAUUACUGGAAAUUAGGUUAUGGCAACUGUCAUUGUUGUCGCAGAUAAACAAUUAAUUAACAAACAAGAACGUCUUUUGACAGUCAUUAUUUUAUCUUUAUUAAAGAAACAUCUGUUUUUUAUAUAAUUAAACAUGAAAGAGGUUAACGAAGCAAUUGGCAUGACAGAACUUCCAGCUGUGGUUGGCGCUUUAUUAGAGGUUUUAUUAAAUGACAAAAAUGAAAGUGUCGAACAAUCUGUCACAGAAUCAAUUCGACAAUUAUCUGAUGAAUAUCCUGCGGUUGUUAUUCAGGCAGCUGUUUAUUUUUGGGAACUUCAUAGAAAGAUGUCUUCAGAUCAAACGAUUUCCUUAUUAAAAAUAAUGACUGAAAGUUUGAAAGAUACAGAAUUUUUAGACGAUGAAUCAGCAUCAAAAGUUGCUAAAUUAGCCCUUGAUGAAUUGCAUGGAGAUAUGGAAGAACAAGCCUCACAAUUACUGGUUGCAUUGAGUAGAGCAUAUUGUAAACAAGCAAUGAGUGAUGUAAUAGCCAGAUUUAGUUUAUCAGAGAUACCAAAUCAUGCUAUUGUUAAAGUAGCAGGUUUAAUUACUGUCACUAAUGCUAAUGACACAAUACCAUAUAUUCGUAUUUUUUUAAAUUUAUUGAUGCCUGUAAUGCAUCGAAUACACGACCAACAUUUAAAAAUUGCAAUAAGCUUUACUCUUGGAAAAUUUGCCGAAGCAAUAAACGAUUAUUUCAUAAAUAAUGAGGAGCCAAGAAAUUCUGACAAUGAAGUUGAUGAUUUAAGGGAAUCUUCACAAAACCUUGAUGUUGAAAUAACAAUGAUGAGAAAUAUGCUUUUUACAACGUUAAUUGACAGUUGGUUGCGGGGCAGUCGUGAUUCACAGAUAAUUGAAGGAGUAUUAAUUACUAUAAGUUCACUUCUGCCUAUUCUACCAAAAAAUUCCAAUCACAACGAUACUGUCAAGUUAAUUCCAAUUCUUUUAAAUCUUUGUAAAAAAUUCGCCAAUAUUCGUCUGUCAGUUACGAGGGUGCUUGCUGUGAUAUUGAGUUCUGCUAUAGAAGCAGACAAGGAAAAUUUGCGACAGUACUUGGAAAAUAUUCAUCAAGUAUUAUUUGAAUAUGUUUGCAUCACUCCAUUUACAGUGAAUCGUGAUACACUUUUAACGCACUAUGAAGUUUUGAAAUGCUUUCACGCAAUUGUCGUUCUUUAUCCCGAAGAAGGACUCGAUAGAAUUUUAUCGAGUCUAAAGUCGCAUUCUUUAACGAUUCGCUCUCGAGCUCUGAUGGUCCUGAAGCAUUUGAUAAACGCACUUCCUGAAGAAAAUGAUACGUCAAUGCAGAGAAUAGCUUUGAGCUUGCAAGACUCUCUUGGAGAAAGCAGCGCUCAUCAAAUGGUUGGUGCAAUUGUCGCUUUGAUGGCUCGCCCAAAUCUCUCGCUUCUGCCAUCACAAAGAGCUACAUACAUUCGCUUUAUGGUAACAAAUUGUGCAGCGAAAAACGAGGAGUCGCUUGCCUACGACGAAGCUCUCCAUCUUUUGUCGAGCACUGUUGAAGGAGUUGAAAACUGGCUGUGGCCGUCACUAAUCACAGCUUUAUUAGAUCCUCUGUGCAGUUUAUCCGCAAAUUCUGUAUUAAGAGCUCUCUCACCCCUCGCUGGAAAAGUAAUACGCGAUGAAAAUAUUAAUAUCGUGCAAAAGGACUUUCCAAGUAUAAAAGUACUUUGCCGUUGUCUCGAACUUUUGGAAGAUAAAAAAAAUCGAGUCGCUGUUCUCAAUUUUCUACGCUGUGCAUCUCCAUUGAUUGGUCACAUGCUUAAAUCAAAAUGGGACGUAAAAUUACAGGAACUUAUGGAAAUACUCGAAGAGGAAGUAACAUCACCUGUAUCAAUUGAAAGAUCAUUGAAAUGGGAGGAAAGACUCGUGGAAUUUUUAGAGGAGAGUGUUCAAGCUGAAGGUGAAAAUUGGAGUGAUAAUUUGGCCGUUGAAUUGGCGAGAAAAAUAACUGCACCUCAUAUUGGACCACUAUUGGGUGCAGUAACGGAUGAUGUGAUUCAUUUUAAUACUCUAAUUGCAUUUUCACGUUUACAUACCACGAAUAAUUCGGGUGAAUAUUCGCGAGCUAUUGGUAUCAGUGCAAAACGUCAUUUGGAAAUUGUUUUAAAAUUAAUGGAGGAUUCGUGUAAUACUGAGGAUUCACGUAAACAACCAGUUAAGCUAUUGGGUCUUGUUAAGGAUGUGAAGGCAACAAUAACAGCUGAACAUGCAAAGGCUGGAUUAUUAAAGUGUUACGCAGAAAUAAUGCGUAAAGGAAAUCCACAAGUUUUAUUCCCUGAAAUUGAGAGACACAUUUUGCCUUGGAUUAUUCGUCAAUUACAUGAUUGUAAAGAAAUAACGGCAAAAGAGGCGGGAUUAAUUGCUCUCGAGCAAGUAGGAAAAGUAGUUUUUACAGUGUCGCAACCUGAUUCUUCGGGAUUGAAAACAAAAGCCACAGCUCUUGCUAGUUUAUUGGCGCUUCUUCAGUCACCUUCUGGUUAUCGACCAUUGCAACUUUAUUCACUCAUUCUACAAGCAAUGAUCUCCUUAUUAAAAAUACCACCAAAAUUGACUCAAGAAGAGAAGGAAAUUCUAAUCAGUACAAUGUUGGAUAAAAUGAUUGCUACCAGUUCUGAGAUUGCUACGAUGUUAUCGCCCAAAGUUACACAAAGUAUUAUAACGGAAUUAGGAACAGUUUGUGGGGAAAUUAUAACAGACUCGGCUGAUAUGUUGGCAGAAGUUGUUGAAAUUCUCACACCAUGGAUGCAAUCAAAAUCAACAGCCGAGCGUAAAAUGACCCUAAUUGUUCUCAGAUAUACUUUAAGAUCAUACCAUGACUCGUUGAAAUAUACAUUCCCAGGGGGGAAAUUGGAACCAGGGAAACUGCUUGGACGUAUUUUAUCAUGGAGCGCAGAUCCUGAACCAGCAUUAAGAACAUUGGUGAUUGACUGCGUUAUUUUAACUCUAAGUAUUGGCGCUCGUCAUCGUUCUAUAUUGCCCGACAAUAAUUUAAAUCAAGAUCUCAAUGAGACAAAGAAAAUAAUUGUCAACGAAGAUCCUAAAUUACUUUACGAAGGUGUCAAGAAUUUGUCCGUGGUGGCCUGUGAGAGGAUAGCGAGUGGUGAAAUUGUCAGUCUCGCUGAAGGUCUAAUAGAGGGUUUACUUUUUCGUGGCGAAGGUGGUUUAGCGGCUGGAAUUGCAUUAGCGGAACUUUUUAAAAUACGUGGCGCGGAAAUUCCUCGAUCGAGUGUUUCCUUAAUUGAUAAUAUAAUAAAUCAAAUGAGACUGAUGGAAAACGUGAGUUGCUUACGUAAUGCAGCAAUGACAAUUAAAUAUCUCAUGAAACAUCAUUCGCAAGUUGUCCUCGAGCAUUUGCUUCAUCAACCAUUGCCAUUAGAUCGUGGAACGCAGGAAUGUUGGAAAGAACUUGGAACACAUGAAGAAUUCGGUUUGCAAACGCUUGGAAUUCUGUUGGAACGCCUUGAGAAUAAUAGUGUAUUGUCGGAUAGUACAUCGAAUUCAGGCAAAGAUGGGACAGCGGCAUUUUCUUCUUUGGCUGCAAUUGUCGCACUUGGUUAUCUUCUUCAGUCUCCAAACUCGGAGAUUUUAAUUGAAAGUCAAUUGGCUAAAGUCCUUGGCGUAUUAUUAAAGUACUUAUCAGGCUGGAUACACGUAGACGCGCCUGUCUCAAUUACAAAUACAAAAUUUGGAUUCGUUCCCAAUCGAGAGUCUUCGAAAUUAAAUCCCCACCGUGAAGUCUAUGCGGUUCUCGUUAAUGUCUUAACAGCCGUUGAUUCACACACUGCGUCUGGUUUAUUGAACAAUACAGAAUUCGAUUCAGCGGCGGAAGCGGAGGAUAAUUUGGUAUCGAUAGUCCAUUCGGUGAUACGAUGCUUGUCGGAUAAAACUGAAGUUAUCAUGAAUUUGGCGCGUUCUGUUGAAAAAUUGAUGACAAGCACAAUUCCGGUGCAAAGAGCAAUUGCCACUGCAUUUUAUGCUGAACUUGUCGGUAAAGUGAAUCAUGAUUCAAUCUGGCUUGAUGGAAUAAUUAAUACUUUGCACGAAGCGAGAGCCGAUUCUUCUCCUUUGGUUCGGAAAUUAGCAUUAAUUGGCCUCACACAUAUUUCUUAUCUUAAACCUAAACAGAUUGAGGAAUAUUUUGAUAAUACAAUGUCGGCUCUAUUGGAGGGUUUAGAGGAACCGUCGGGCGCGUCUGAUGUUAUUCUUGAAUCAUUGAAUGGCCUUUCAGUUAUGCUGUCGAUAAAAAUUGGAAGACCCGUUAGUCCAAGAAUAAUACUCACAUUAAAGCCAUUUAUUGAAAAGGAAAAUUCAAAGUUGAGAUUAGCUGCUGUGAGUGCAUUGGAAGCAGCCGUUCGAAAUUGGCAAACGACAUUAGAUGCCGUUGAUGACGAUAUAACCGAUCAACUUCUCAGUUGCAUUCCAUGUCUUGUGAUAAAACUUGAAGAUCCAAAUCUCGCAAUUAUUAUGUUUGUUCGUGAAAUUUUGUGUAAUUGCGGAAAACUUCUGCAAUGUGAACCACUCGUACGAGCAAUAGACAUUCAUCUUGGACCAAAUGUUAGUUUAAAUGUUGAAAUAUUCCUUCGUGAAUUCAUACAAUGCUUACGAAAAGAAUUACCAAAGAGAGCCGAAGAACUCAGAAAUUCUGUUGUACGUGGUUAUUCACGGUCAGAAUUCACCUCGACGAGAGCAACAUCUGCAUUAAUUUUAGGAUUUUUUGGUCGUCCAACACCAGAGGAUGUCCAAAGAUUGUUGCAGUUAUUGCGUGAUAAUGAUUCUCAUGUGAGAAGUCGAGCUGCCCAAGCUUUGGCUCUUUCUUUUACACUUUGAUUUUUAUGUUUUGACUAUUUUUUGCUUUUGUUUUUAAACACACAACUCCAGUGAUUAUUAUUUUUUUAAGUAAACAACUAGAAUUUUAAUCAAUGUUAUCAAAUAAAAAUCAAAAAUUAAGGUUUUUCUAUUGAAAAACCUUUUAUUAUUUUAUUAAUUAUGUAUAUUAUAAUAUAUAUAUAUAUAUAUAUAUAUUUAUAUAUAGAACUGUUGAGUACUCAACAUAUAUUUAUAGCAA